AUGGGAACAAAUAGAACUCGUAGUGGUGAGAAAAAAGAUUUUUCAGGUAUGUUGACAGUUAAAGAAGAAAACAUGGAUGACUGUGACAUAAUGGAUGUGGUAGAAGAGGGGCUUAGUAUGCCCACCACUGACCAGAUUGUUGAAAGUAGCGAUGUAAAUGAGUCAGCAUCGUAUGAAACAGAGGAUGGAUUUGAAUGUUUUGAGUGUUGCAAGAAAUUCAGCACAAAGGAAGAAUGUGAAAAGCAUGCUCAGAAACAUGUUAACAAAGAGGAGGGAAAAAGAAAUACAGGCAAGAAAAGACGGCACAAGAUAUGCAAUGCUGAUGGUAAUGCCUCAGGUUCUUCACUUAAAAUGGAUGAUAAUUCUACUAACGAAAUGUCAGCAGUAGCAGAUGACGCAGACAAGGAGAAGAUUUUUCAUUGUUCAGUAUGUAAUGAGGAUUUCCCUUCAAGAACAGAACUUGAAGACCAUACACAUGAAACAGUACAUGAAUGCAAAUUCUGUGGAAAGCAGUACCAGAAUCGAGUCAAUCUUCAAACACACAUCAAAAGAUAUCAUGAAGAGACAGAGUGGAUGAAGUUUAAAUGUGCAACUUGUGGGAAGAACUUUGGAUUUUUAACAGCUCUAGAACGACAUAUGAAAGAACAUAAUCCAAAUCAAAAGUUUUGCUGCGAGCAAUGUGGAAAAGUAUUUAAAAGUCUGGUAAAUCUAAAGAACCACAUACCUUUACAUACUAAAGAUGAAGUGUAUGAGUGUCCCUAUUGCCCAAAGCAGUACUACAUUAGAUAUAGCUAUGAGAAGCAUGUUAAAUCACAUGUGUAUGCACCAAAGUUCCACUGUGAGAUAUGUGAUAAGAAUUUUAAUGAUAAGAAAAGCUUUGAGUUACACCUGGAGAGACAUCAGCAUGGGGGAAUACUUGGAAGGAGCAAGGAUUUGAAGUGCAAUAAUUGCGGAGACCUCAAAAGUCCCACCGACUUACAGCUGGUAGGAGAGAGUGAUCCUGGCCACCACAAGACCUGUUUAGUCUGUGGGAAGGGGCUCUACAAAAAGUAUAUGAUUGAAAACAAUGAUGUGUCGCAGUAUCUGUCCAAAGAUGAAAGAGUGAGAGAACAAUGCAAACUUUGUGGGAAAUGGGUGUUAAAUUUGCCUAGGCAUAUUAAAUAUACCCAUCUAGAGAAUGAAUAUGUAACAUGUGAUAUUUGUAAUAUGAUAGUUACAAAAGCAUCUUUGCCUGCUCAUAAGAAUCGUAAACAUGGAGGUUCUGCUGUGACUUGUGAUCACUGUAACAGGAUAUUUAAAAAUGUAAUGUGCUUGCGUGAGCACAUGGCAAAGGUGAGAAGAAAAGAGGAUCCAUUAAAGAAUAUUUGUAAAUAUUGUAAGGAAAUUGUUAGUCCCGAAAAUUGGAAAGAUCACAUGAUGAAACACAGAACAAAAUGUAGUGACUGUGGAGCUGCUCACUUCACAAGUCAAGAGGAAUUCAUGAACCACCUUAAUUCAUGCAGAAAAUGUAGCAACUGUUCAACUACAUUCACAUCACGAGAAGAGUUCCUAUCACACAUUGAGAUGUGUAGCAGUGGCAUUAAUAUAAUUACUGGUAACCUUGACUCUGCCAGUGACCAGGAAGUUGUUACUAGUAUUUUUGCAAUUGUUGAUGAAAGUACUGGAUGCGAGACUUGUGGAGAAAUGUUUGAAGAUCAGGAAACACUUGCUCAGCACAUAGCAGAAGCUCAUCCAAAUUCACUAGAUGGGAAUGAUAUAAUCAGUGAAGCUAUCCUCUAUGCUUGCCCGCAAGAGUCAUGUGGAGUGAUUGUUACGAACAAGGAACUCCUAAAGGAACAUUUAGCUUCAGUUCAUAAUGCUCAAAUGAUUAAUAUUGAUAGUUUUACUUAA